UGGACGUUGCAGGGCAUUGUCAAGAUACUAGAAUAAAAUUAAAUAGUUUUAUUACAUUGUCUUGUUGGUAGGACGUUUACGAAACCCAAUACAUAAAUAAUUUAUUUGAUCGCUAUUUCAUCUGGUAGAUGAUCAGAAGUAGCAGAGACCUCCCUAAAACAACAGACUAUUAUUCCAAAUAGCAUCGUGAGAUGCAGGCGUAGUCACAAACAAUUCUUACUUGUGCUAAUAGUCAGGAGCGUCUGAGAACCCAAACGACCGCACUAUGGAUAUAACUAAUGAUUAUUCAGAUGGCUUGCUGAGUGUCAUACAGCAAGAUGGCCGCCCGCUGUCCGAGUCCGCCCUGAGCAAGAUGGCCACCGGUCGAGUCAGGCGGUUGGGCGUUGCUAGGCAACCUCAAACCUACUGCGGCGCGAGAACGGGAAUGGCAAAAUGAAAAUUGCUCCCACGGCGACGCACAAGAGGCGGACAACAACGACUUUCUUUUGUUCCCGGGCGAGUCAUUUUACUCUGAAGUUAAGCAGACGUGCUUUUAUAACUACUAGCCGCCAAGUUCCAAGCUAGUUGCCAGGCGUUCUGGUGGCUGCGAUGGGGUCGGAGUCUGUGAAGGUGGUGGUCCGGUACAGGCCCCUGAACGACAAGGAGAAAGCUCUGGGUUCCAAGAUGGCGCUGACCAUGGAUCCGCAGCGCUGCCAAUGUUUCAUCAAGAAGCCCGCGUCGGCCGACGAGCCCCCCAAGCAGUUCACCUUCGACGGGACUUACUUCACCGAUCAAACGACGGAGCGGAUCUACAACGAGAGCGCCUAUCCUUUGGUGGAGGGUGUCACCGAGGGAUACAAUGGCACAAUAUUUGCUUACGGCCAAACGGGAAGCGGCAAGUCCUUUACUAUGCAGGGGGUGUCCGAGCCCCCGGCCCAGAGGGGGGUCAUCCCACGAGCCUUUGAGCACAUCUUCGAGAGCAUUCAGUGUGCAGAAAAUACCAAGUUCCUGGUGAGGGCGUCCUACCUGGAGAUUUACAACGAGGAAAUACGAGACCUCUUGGGCAACGACACCAAGCAGAGAUUAGAGCUGAAAGAGCACCCGGAGCGCGGGGUGUACGCCCGGGACCUGUCCAUGCACACGGUCCACAGCGUGGCCGAGUGUGAGACUGUGAUGGAGCGUGGCUGGCGGAACCGCGCCGUGGCCUGCACCUUGAUGAACAAGGACUCGUCUCGCUCGCACUCCAUCUUCAGCAUCCACCUGGAGAUGUGUCGCACAGACGCAGCAGGCCAGGAUCACCUCCGAGCCGGGAAGCUCAACCUGGUGGACCUGGCGGGAAGCGAGCGUCAGUCCAAAACGGGUGCGACGGGCGAGCGACUGCGCGAGGCCACCAAGAUCAACCUGUCGCUCUCGGCCCUGGGCAACGUCAUCUCGGCCCUGGUGGACGGCCGCUCCAAAUACGUCCCCUACCGGGACUCCAAGCUGACCCGGUUGCUGCAGGACUCGCUGGGCGGCAACACUCGCACCCUGAUGGUGGCCUGCCUCUCGCCGGCCGACAGCAACUACGAGGAGAGCCUGAGCACGCUGCGCUACGCCAACCGCGCCAAGAGCAUCCAGAACCGGCCGCGCAUCAACGAGGAUCCCAAGGACGCGCUGCUGCGAGAGUACCAGGAGGAGAUCAAGAAGCUGCGGGCUCUCGUCUCGGGCCAGAUGUCCUCUGCUGCUGCCCUUCCUUCUGCGGUGUCCGGGCACCAAGCUGAGGUCUCCCGCAGCUCCGCCGACGGCGAGAAGGAGAUUAAAAAGGACUACGAGGAGAGGCUGGCCAGGCUGCGGGCCGACUUCAGCGCCGAGCGGGAGUCCAAGGCCAAGCUGCAGGAGGACAUCGCCGCCCUGCGCUCCUCCUACGACUCCAAACUGUCUGCCCUGGAGAAGGUCACAUCCAGCAGGGGGAGCUCCGCCCCAACGAAUGCGAGUUCCAUGAGUGUGACAGCAGAGGACAGCGCCGACAGCAGCGCAGAUGAGCCGAGCCAGUCCACGGCGACACGUGACGCUGCUGGCAUUGAAACGAGUCCAGAUGGAGUUCCAGAAGAGUCGCCUGGUGUCAGCGCAGCAGGGGAUGUGAAGCAGAAAGAAGCUCUGGAGAGGCUUCAGAGGCUGGAGCAGGAGGUGGUCGGCGGCGAGCAGGCCCGCAACAAAGAAUUCCGGCAGAGGCAGCGGCAGAGGAGGAAGGUGGCCGAUCAGAGGAAAGCUCAGCUCGUCGAAGCUCUGUCGGACAACAGCGAGGAGAGCGACGGCGUGCUGCUCAGUGUCUACGACUCCAUUCAGGAGGAGGUCCGAGCCAAAGGCCAGAUGUUGCUCGAGGUCCAGGGAAAGCUGAAAGCGGCCAAACUGGAGAUCCGCGACCUGCAGACGGAGUUUGAGGAGGAGAGGAAGGACUACCUGGCGACCGUCCGCCGGCUGGAGCGCGAGGGCCAGCUGCUGCGCGGCCUGCUGGAGCGCAUGGCGUCGCUGGUUCGCCGCGACUGCAACUACAGCAGCCCGGAGCGCCUGAAGAGAGAGGCCGUGUGGGACGAGGAGAGCGCCACCUGGAGGAUUCCCGACGUGACGGUCCAGAGAACCUCGCUGCCCUCAGCUGUGGCUUCAAAGCCCUGCCAGGCCAGAGGCCCGGCCGCCGAUCCUGAAGCGCUUGCGGUUGAGGAGGACAGGUACAAAGAGCUGCUGGACCGCAGCGACAGUGAAAAUAUCGCCAACGCGUACUUCAGAUUCAAGAGGGCCAGCCAGCUGCUCGGGGGAGAAGCGGCAACGGGAUGCGCCGCCCACGGCCCCCCCCUCCUGAACGGGUCGCCCCACCUAAGCGUCAAUGCGAGCCUGGACUCCGUCAUGCCACGUCCCUUUCGCCUCGAAUCCUUGACUCUCCCUGCAUCCAGUGGUAAGGCGAAGAGGAAAAAAACCAAAUCUCAUCAAUAAUGGAGGCAAGUGAUCGGACACAACCAGCUGUAUGCUGGUGCCACAGUGGCAUAUGCGCUUAAAAACUGUCCCCCAAAAAAAUGUUCAGACACAUUAGUUUUAGACUUGAAACUUUGAUCACCAAACAUUUGAACCUUCCUGCUUCGCUGAAGUCAUCAUGCAUUUAUUCCAUUAAUAAUGGUAAAGAUGUUUUUAAUAGUAAACAUGUUGAUACCGCAAUUAUAUGUACAGUAUAUUGAUGAUUGGUGAGAUGCUCAAUUUGUUUUGUCUGUUUUCAAAACCAUGGCCCCGAGAGCCGGAUGAAGGUGAUCUGGGGGCCCCUGCCAACCCCCAUGAAUAAACAUUUUUGCUAAUUGUUUUCACCCAAUGUACAGUCCAGGGUGUACCCCACUUCUCUCGCCAACAGUCAGCUGGGACAGGCUCUAGCUCAACCGCAACCCUAAUGAGGACAAAUUGAUUAGAUUAUGGAUGGAUGUACAGUUUCAGUUUUGUGAUUGGCUAUC